AUGUCAAAGGUCGAUAAUGCAGUUGUAUUUAUGGACCGAGGACAUUACACAACUUGCACGGUACAUCUACACGGAGGCACAAUUUCUUCGUACCGCGUCAACAACAAGGAAAUGCUUUAUUUCAAAGAAAGAACCUCAUUCAACCAUUUCUCACCAAUCAGGGGAGGCAUAAAAUACACUUUUCCGUAUUACGGCCGGAGAGUGAACGGUCCAAAACAUGGAUUUGCCAGAUACGUGCCCUGGAAACUGGAACAGGGGCCGACUACGAACGCCGACAGAAAUAUUGAGGCCGUGUUCAGUUUGACUGAUUCUGAAUACACUAGAGCGGUAUUUGUAGACGUACCAUCAGCGGUCGAAGUUCGAAAUAUCGACAACACCGGCCUCAAAUUGAAAAUAACCGCCUGCGCCAAAACCGCCAAGGACGUUUUGAUCUUCAAUCCCUGGACUAAUCCUGUCGAAGAAGAUUAUCCUUAUGAAUAUUUGCAUUAUAUCGCUGUAGUUGUAUUUAUGGACCGAGGACAUUACACAACUUGCACGGUACAUCUACACGGCGGUACAAUUUCUUCGUACCGCGUCAACAACAAGGAAAUGCUUUAUUUCAAAGAAAGAACCACGUUCAACCAUUUCUCACCAAUCAGGGGAGGCAUAAAAUACACUUUUCCGUAUCACGGCCGGAGAGUGAACGGUCCAAAACACGGAAUUGCCAGAUACGUGCCCUGGACACUGGAAGAGGGGCCGACUACGAACGCCGACAGAAAUGUUGAGGCCGUGUUCAGUUUGACUGAUUCUGAAUACACUAAAGCGCUCAUUUUGUGCAUGUACGAACUCCAAAUCGACCUGAAAGUAGAAAACACCAGCAAGUAUUUCCCGUUCAUUUUUCGAAUAUUGAGACACUCGAUAUUUCGACUCGAGGAUUUGACUAAAUGCGAAAUUCACGGUUUGAAAAACUGCAAACGCGUCCGGGCGUCUGGAAAACAGGCCGGAGAUGUGGACGAGUUUAGUCAGGAUGAGAAACUGGUUAUUAAAAAGCGUACUUCGGACUUAUUUGUGGACGUACCAUCGGCUGUCGAAGUUCGAAAUAUCGACAACACCGGCCUCAAAUUGAAAGUAACCGCCUGCGCCAAAACCGCCAAGGACGUGUUUAUCUUCAAUCCUUGGACUAAUCCUGUCGAAGAAGAUUAUCCUUAUGAAUAUUUGCAUUUUAUCGGUGUUGGUGCCGGACAUUUGUCUUCUGAUAUAAGACUGGAACCGAAACAAGUGUGGGAAACUCGCCACAUCAUCGAAGUAGUGAAAGAAGAAAACGAGGAAAAAGUCAACGCAUUGGCCGAACUACUCGAUAAUCCUUGGCAGUUAUUUGAUAAAAGUUGCGAAAUUUCCCAACAAUAAUCAAUUUAUUAGUUGUCUAUUUCAUUCAAGCCAGAAUAAAAUCGCUUCUAGCAGUAAAAAAAAUAAAACAAAUUUUC